AUGGCAACGAAAGCAAAGGAGUAUGUUUCAAAAUUUGGCGGAAUAAAUAUUACCAAUAGGACUUCCAUGAAGGAGGCUGUAACUGUGUUUGAAGAUUUCAUCACAAAAAUCAAGAACGUCUCAAAAGACAAGGCCGGCAUGGAAGAGGUUAAAACACUGAAAAAAUCCAUCUUUGAGGUGGCAGAGGCCGUCGAGAAAUUUGCUCUUAACUAUGGCAAGCGACACCUUAGUGCAGGGAAGCCUUCAAAAAGGAUCGUUUCCCCAAAAAUGGUAUUGGCCAUUCAAAAGGCCUAUCGCCAGAAUAAAAGUGGUUUCCACUUUGAGGAACAACAAUGGCAAGCGAGAAUCGAUAUUGCUUCUUCAAAUUUUGAGGAAAAUGGAUCAUUGGUAGUUGCGUUUGUGUACAAGGAUCUGCAUGACCUACUUCUGACAGAUCAAGCCAUCAGGAGUGAAACAGACAACCAAAGGUAUAUCAACUCCAGGAUAAUGGCCGUUACUAUGGACCCCAAGCCAGAGACAUUGAGAGAAAAUGUCACCCUAAGGUUCAAAAACCUAAAGGUAACAUGA